AUGAUUACCAACUACUGGUCCACCAACAAUAUCUCCCUUCCCACCAAUAAAAUGGCUGAUGCCAUGCUACACCACGACUCGAAUGCGGAUCUGUUGACUUUUACCUUUGGUGGCCCCCGAGCCUACAAUCCCAAUCAACCCAUCUUCAUCGACGCAGAGGAUCCAUCGCGAUCCUUGACGGCAACGCAGUUUCAGCAUCUGGUUCGAACGUUGAUCGCCAGUCUGAAAGCGCACCAUGUGCAACGCGGAGAUUGCGUAUUGCUGCAUCUGGGAAACAGUAUCCUCUAUCCGGCUCUCUUCUUCAGUAUCAUCGGCGCCGGGGGCGUGUACAUGGGCUCGAACCCGCGAAGUCACCAACAGGAACUGGAUCACAUUGUAGGAUUGGCGGAACCCAAGUUGAUUCUGACUACGGAAGAUGCCUUGUCCACCGUACAAGAGGUGGCUCGAGUGCGUGGCAUCGCACCCAGCCAGAUCUUCGUGGUGGAUGAGCGCGCCGUCGAUCAUUGCGCGCAGCUCUUCCUUCGAUACGAAAUGGCAUAUCCCGGCGGCGCAAAACUCUCGAGCACUUCUGCCCGAGGCACAGAUGGUUGCGUUCAAAACUUUGCCGAUUUGCUGUGCUUUGGCGAGUCCGACUGGAUGGUUUUUAAUGACACCGUCGCGGCGCAAAACACUCCUGCUGCCAUGUUCUCAACCUCGGGCACCGGUGGUCUUCCCAAGGCGGCCGUUCUGUCCCACCACGCCAUCAUCGCUCACCAUCGCUCCAUCUACUACGAUGUUCCCUACCCCGUCAGUCGCUUAAUGUCCCUCCCCAUGUUUCAUCUGUUCGGUGCCUUGUGGACCCAUAUCUUCCCUGUUCGUUACGGCCACCCGCUCUUUGUGCUCCCUCGCUUCGAACCCAAGCAGUUCCUGGCGACGGUCCACCGAUAUCAGAUCUCCGAGACCUAUCUUGUGCCCGCCAUUGUGACUGCGCUCAUCCGCUCUCCACUGCCUGUCACGGAGUAUCUGACAUCUCUGCGCUACGUGGGUAUUGCCGGUGCUCCCAUCGAUGGUCCCUCGAUCGUGCAAUUCCGCAGUCGUCUUCACCCCAUGGCCUAUGCCUGUCAACUGUGGGGAAUGACCGAGGUCGGGGUGGCUUUCCAGACCCGAUAUGGUCAACAUGGUGACCCCGGCAGUAUUGGUACAUGUCUCCGUGGAUAUGAGAUUCGCCUGGUCGACCAGGACGGGCAAGUCAUUCGCAGUGACGAGCGUCCGGGGGAGCUCUACCUACGUGGACCGGGUGUCUUGAUGGCAUACAAGGGCCGCACCGAUGCCAAAGAAGCACAUGGGUGGUAUCGUACAGGUGACUUGGCAUACAUGAAGGAGGGCCACUACUUUAUCGUGGGCCGAACGAAAGAAUUGAUCAAAGUUCGAGGAUGGCAAGUUGCCCCCGCCGAGAUUGAAGGUGUCCUUCUCGGUCAUGCCGGGAUCGCCGACGUCGCCGUGAGUGGUGUAGACCUCAAGGAUGGUCGUGGUGAAGUUCCCCGUGCGUUUGUGGUUCGCUCGCGUGAUCCUGCCUCUGGUCGCUUGACGGCAGAGGAAGUCUACGAGUACGCCCGGCGACAACUGGCCAGCUACAAGGCCCUGGACGGCGGCGUCGUCUUUGUCGAGGAAAUUCCCCGCACGGCCAGCGGCAAGAUUCAGCGGUUCAAGCUUGCACAGAUGAACGAGUAUAGAGAGAUGGUUGCCUCGCUUCUUCAGCGCUUCGAGGGACCAGGGCUCUCGACCCCGGGACAUCUUCCCUCGAGCGCUGAUGUUGCGCCGGUGGGUGUGGCUUGA